GCCCGAAUCGGCUUUCUAUAUCCCGCAAGGUAUUAUCGAGGCGGCCGGGAGCCUGGUAAACUUGCUGCCUCCCUACCCUCCUCCGACCGACCCAAUCAAGGUAAAGCGACUUAUUGAUAAUUGUGAGAAGGUUAUUUCACAUUAUAAGACUCUUGCUAAGAAGAGAGUGGUGAUUGCCAUCAAAAACUAUAAAAAAUUCGAGGAACUUGUCCGAAAGGACGAGGCUGGUACAACUGAAGCAGACGCGGCGAAGCAGGCCCUCCGCCUCAACGUCACGGCCAACUAUUGCCUCAAAGAAGCAGAUAAAGCCAGACGUAGGGCUGCAAAUUACGUUGACAAGUUGGAAUAUCUCCAAAGCCUGAGCCUUGAAGAUCCGCCGGAGCAAAAUGGCGAAGGCUCGUCCGGAGUCGCCUAACCGUUUAAAAACCAUUGCGUUUAUUCACCCUGACCUCGGCAUAGGCGGGGCUGAAAGGUUGGUCGUGGAUGCCGCCGUGGGGUUGCAGGAUCGUGUGGUGAGACAUGGUCAUCCUGGAGAAAAGUUUGAUAGUAUCAAGGAGGGCAACGAUGGAAAGAUAGUUGUGUUUACAUCUUAUUGCGAUAAAAAUCAUUGCUUUGACGAGGCUCGAGAUGGUACUCUGGACGUCCGCGUUCGCGGGGAUAGUAUCGUCCCGCCUCACAUUUUCCGGCGUUUUUCAAUUCUCUGCGCCAUUCUUCGACAAUUACAUCUCGUCCUGCAGACAUACUUCUCUGGUGAACUCGAGAAACUGCAGCCAGACGUCUUUUUCGUUGACCAACUGAGCGCUUGUUUGCCGCUACUUCGUCUUCUUUGUCCUAAAUCCCGUAUUCUCUUCUAUUGUCAUUUCCCAGACAAAUUACUUGCGCAGAGAACAAGCUGGGUAAAAAGAAUUUAUCGGAUCCCCUUCGACUGGUUCGAAGGCUGGACCAUGGGAAUGAGCGAUGGCAUUGUCGUCAACAGCCGUUUCACUCGAGGCGUCUUUGCAGAAGCAUUCCCCUCACUCGCCAAAGCACGCAUUGAGCCAGGCGUUGUCUAUCCAUGCGUUGAUACAUCUGACGUACCCACUGGGGAGAAACAAGAAAUAUGGCCGGGAAAGAAGGUCUUACUAAGUAUUAACCGAUUCGAAAGGAAGAAGGACGUUGGACUCGCCAUCAGGGCAUUUGCUGGAUUAAGUGACAAGGAUAAACAGCAAUCCAGACUUGUCAUUGCUGGUGGAUACGACUACCGCGUUCACGAAAACGUCUCUUAUCAUUCCGAACUAGUCACACUUGCGGAAAAGCUGGGGCUCAAAACCGCGACAAUGAAAAACAUUGUAUCCGCAUCUAACAUCGCCGCCGAUGUCGACGUCCUUUUUCUUCUCUCUGUUCCUGCCACCCUGAAAACCACUCUUCUCAACUCCGCAAGUUUACUCUUGUACACACCUACUCGUGAACACUUUGGGAUUGUCCCCAUCGAAGCCAUGCUCGCUGGCGUCCCCGUUCUUGCUGCCAAUACUGGUGGCCCUCUAGAAACCGUCGUCGAAGGGAAAACAGGCUGGCUCCGCCCUGUCGACAAGAUUGAACAAUGGACCGAAGUCAUGGCCAAGGUCCUACACGGUCUCUCACAACCCGAGCUCAAACUCAUGGGCGCGUCGGGUAAAGCUAGAGUACUUGAAGAAUUCUCAAAAGUUAAAAUGGCGGAGAGACUGGAGAAUGAGAUGCAGCGCUUGAUUCAGAGUUCCCGGCAUCCUGUCGAUCAGACUGGACUGGUCGCAUUGUUACUUUUCGUGGGGGCUGCGCUGGUGGGAGUAUUUGCGUUGCUGUAUGCAAUGCUGAAGUAAAGUCGUCAGAACGUCCAAGUGUUUCAGCUUCUCUUUGCUCAUAUCCUUGCUUAUUUCCAUUCUUCUAUCUUCGGUGGUUUUUUAUUUCUCUAUUGUUUUCUUUAUUUCUUUCUUUUUCUAUCUCUACGCCAGUCUCAUUGCCUUUCUAUCGUAAUUCUACGUUGUCAUUUCUUUUCUUGCUAGUCUACUCGUCUACUUGAAGCCAGGUCUGCUUCAUCUUCCACUUCGGAAGUCUAGUCACAUACUCGCAUCAGCACAUAGUCGGAAAGUAUGCGAUGGGGC